AAUGACGACGACUAUCGAUUGGUCAUUGGUGCGUUCGUCCUUUGCCAUUUCACACAACUCAUAUACGUGGUUCUGUCGACCAAACUGGGGACCAGUCAAAUACCAGAGGAACUCCGCACGUCGAUGAUUCUGUUAACAGCGAUACACAGCAUUCUCAAUCCGAUCAUUUACGUAUUCAGAUCAAACGAGUUCAAGCGCGCAUUCAAGAUGUUCUUCACCACAUCUGCUGCUUUAGCACAGUUUGCAAAUACAAAUAACGCUACUGCAAGGUCUUGUAUGUCGCCUCUGGAAUUAUCAGCACGUGACCCACGAAAUAAUCGCCUGCCUUCGUUCCUUGUGCCGAGCCUAGCUGAGAAUGUGACAGUUAUUGCACAGGAUAAACAAGAUCCGAUGGUCUCGUUCCUACAUCUGCAGGAAGCAGAGCAUCAGGAACAACUUGUUCAAGACUCGAAGACUGUUUCCCACAAGUAUCAAGUAGUGUCAACAUGUGAUCAGUCAAGAGGUAUGCAUACAGAUGUGACGACU